CUCCAUGGCUCAUGACUGGAGGCCAGUACACUGCACAGUAGUGCCAGUAGCUGAUGAAACGGACCCUGGGAUGUGACUCUAGAGCUCGUUGUGUGUCUCCUCUCGGCCCCACGCUGCGCUGCUUUCCAUACGGGGCGUUCUGCGCACAGUCCGGCGCAGAGAGCACCAGAGAGCUCCGUCACCAGCUGCUGCUCUCUCUCUGCACCGUCUGAGGAGUAGACAACAUGGGUCUGGAAAAGGAAAAACUGGACACCAGUAUAAUUAUGGACGAAGAUGAGUUCAACAGAUCGAUAGAGCCCAUUCUGAAGAAGAAGAAGAAGAAGAAGAAGGGAAACGUGUACACGGAGGAUCCGGACCGAGAUCCAAACGACAUCAACGCGCACUUGAAGGUCGGUUUUGAAGAUGUCAUCGCAGAGCCCAUCUCCACUCACAGCUUCGACAAAGUGUGGAUAGGAAGCCACGCCGUGUUCGAGCUGGUCAAAUUCAUCUUCUACCGGCUGCUGACCACGCUGCUGGCCGUGCCCAUGGCUUUCAUCCUCGGACUGGUCUUCGCGGUGCUCAGCUGCAUCCACAUCUGGUUGGUGAUGCCGGUGAUCCAGAGCGUCGUGAUGCUUUUACCAUCGUUCAAGGUGGUGUGGAGGAGUCUGACAGACAUGUUCAUAACGCCACUCUUCCACAGUAUGGGAAAGAGCCUGUCCUCCGUUCAAGUGCAAACCACAGAGUACUGAUGCAGACCACCUCUCUGUCCCCCUGAGGAGCAAAGAACUGUAGGACUGUAGAAAAACAAACCGAGUGAAUGAUGCUUAUAGUGGAACACAUGAGCUCUUUAUAAAGUCAAAUGUGAAAUCUUGAAGAGUCCUGAUCAGAGUACUGAUAUAAAUAUAAAUUUAUAAAGAAUUAGACUCAGUAAGUUAAGAAUUUGAUCAUUUGCAGGGAAAAUAGAUCUUCAACGCUGGGCUAAAUUUGGUGAUGAAGCGACAUUUAUGUUACAUAUAAUUGAAUUUAUUUCAAUGUUUAGUGAGGACUUGAUACAUAUUGAAAUAUAUUCAUUAAAUACUGUUAAAACAACAGUUAUACCUUACCUAGAAAUCUAUAAAAAAAAUACUUUCUUACCAAAUUGACCUCGGUUUUAGCCUAUAUGUCUUAAUGUCAUUUAACCUGCAAACCACCAAAUCCAUGCACGUGGGCCUUCAGGGUUCACUCACAUCACUAUAGGAAAGUAAAUGUUCCUGAUAAUGUGUGAGACUUUAUGAAAAGCUCGUGUGCACCACCCAACAUGGACUUGUUUUGCAGAUUGUGACCCAAAAAUAAUUCUUGUCAUUCCAUUACUUUGUGGCUGAGAGAGCCGUGGGAUCAGUUGGAGGAGUGUAACGUUGUUGUUGUUAAGGAAGGCAAACAUACUGCUGACUUGCUGAGAGAUGUGAUAUUUCUGCUUUUUCAUAUAAUGUAUAUAUUGCGAUUAAUUCAGCUAGAAGUUGAAUGCAAUGAACUGAAUCUGCGAGGAGUUCAUAUGAAUAUUAAUUGCUAAGAUGCAGCUUGUUGCACAUUUUCAGGCUUAUUUUACUGUAACCUGCUGUGUUGAUUUCACAGUGCAUUGGCUAUAAUAACGGGCAUUUGCUUUUAUAUGGACGUAAGCUGUACGCAACAUAGCUAUAGAGUUGUUUUACUGUAACAUGUUAUUGAACUAUGUCAAAAACAAGGAUUGGAUAUCAUCGAAGGGGUGGCUUUCUAAUUUAUUAUUUAUGCAACGACUAAUUCUCGACAUUUGGCGGUAUCUGACUUAAGAGGACUUCACUUGAGUAGCUACAGGGUGAUGAAGGCGUUCCACAUUUCGUACUGUGUUUGGUUGAAGCCUCGGUUGAGCUGAGACUCCGGUACAUGCAUAUUUAAUUUAGAGGUUGUUGUUUGCUACAGCUUUGCUAUUUUGGUUAGUAGGCUGGGUUUAAUAUUUCUACAGCCAGAAGGGAUCAGACAGAAACAUGAUUUUUAUCUGUUUUUUUGCAGUGGAAGUAAAAGUUGAGUUUAAGGUACAAGCCGGCACAGUUCCCACUUGCUAUGAGCUGUACAAUCUAAAAUUUUGAAGGAGAUAUAGAGAGAAUCGGUGUAACCGUUAUGGAGCUGAAUGUCAGAUCCAUACUUGUCUCCUGUUUGGUGCUGGGCAGGUACAGUAGUGUGCAGUGGGUUUAUCAGAGCUUGUUUUCUGAAAAUAGCUGCCUGCUGCUUUUUGAAACAGGGUGGAUGAGGUCAUGGAGACCGAACCAUUCAGCUAAAGUGCUGUUAAACCAAAUCAGUGAACUAAAAGAGGCUCAAAAAGCUCAGUAGAGCUGCAGACUUGGCUGAUAAAUCUCUGUGGGUUUAUCACUGAAAGUGACACAUAUUACAUUUACAGUCAGGCUGCUCUCACUGUUUAUAGCUAUACCUCCGAAAAUUAUUGCACUUGAAUAUAUCCCACGUAAUCAAUUCGUAUGUAAUCCACGUAAUCGUGAGCAAGGACAGGUGACGUAGUAUAAAGAGCAAUAAACUCCAUGUAGC